GGAAAGUUGUUUUUUUCGUUCUCACAACAGCUGAUAGGGGAUAUGGUAGCGCAAAGCUGCCUUCAAAUUCAAACGUCAACACACGGGAGAUGCAAGCUUACCGUGGACAUUUGCCGUUACUUGAAUUAUAAUUGUUUGGUUAUAUUUUAUAUCCAAUCCAACGCAGUCGGACAUUUUUCGGCGAUAUCCAUAUGUACUCCUUACCAAUCCGUUAUGUAAUGUGGUCAUAAAUUAGUUGCGGAUUGGUUGAAUUGUUGCUCGUCGACACUUCAACUUCAAUUUUGAUUUCCAUCAACUUGAGCAACUCGGCUUAACAUCAGAGAUGUCGGGGAAGGUGCUGCCAGUCCGGGUAGCAGUGCGGAUCAGACCAGUGGUCGAAAAGGAAAUCAGAGAUGGCUGCCAGCCUUGCCUCGAUGUCACCCCUGGCGAGCCACAGAUCGUGCUGUCAGGAACAGAGAAGGCCUUCACAUAUGACUUUGUGUUCGACUCCGAACAAUCCCAGCAGCAACUGUAUGAGACUGCUGUCAAAGAUAUGCUUGGAAAUUUGUUUGAAGGCUACAAUGUCACGAUCCUGGCGUACGGUCAGACGGGCUCGGGUAAGACCUACACCAUGGGCACCGUCUACUCCUCGGAGACGGGCAUGACCGACGAGACGGGCGUUAUCCCGCGCGCCAUGACCGACCUGUUCGCUCAGAUCAGCGAGCGCCGCGACUGCGAGUUUGUCGUGCGCGUCUCGUUUCUAGAGAUUUACAAGGAGCAGCUGUUUGACCUGCUCUCGGGGAAGGAGCGGGACCAGAGCCAGGUGGACAUCCGGGAGGACACCAAAGGGAUCCGGGUGGCCGGCCUGACGGAGGUGGCUGUCACCACCGUCACUGAGACCAUCUCCUGCCUGGAGCGGGGCGGUCUGGGCCGAAUCACCGGCGCCACGGCCAUGAACCUUCGCUCGUCACGGAGUCACGCCAUCUUCACGGUCUGUCUGGAGCAGCGCGCCCGCGACACGGGAGCCACCACCACGGCCAAGCUACACCUGGUCGAUCUGGCCGGCUCCGAGCGAGCCAAGAAGACGCAGGCCACCGGUGACCGGCUCAAGGAGGGUAUCAACAUCAACCGCGGCCUGCUCAGCCUCGGAAACGUCAUCUCGGCGCUGGGCGAGGACAAGCCGCCCAAGCACGUGCCGUACCGCGACAGCAAGCUGACCCGCAUGCUGCAGGAGUCCCUGGGUGGCAACUCGCACACACUCAUGAUUGCGUGCACAUCACCGGCGGAUGCGAACCUAGAGGAGACAGUCAGCACCCUGCGGUACGCCGACCGCGCCCGGAAGAUAAAAAACAAACCCAUCGUCAACCGUGAGGGCAACGAGAUUGCUCGGCUUCGGCAGCAGGUUCAGCAGCUGCAGGCCCAACUGCUGGAGGUGCAGGGCGGCUGUCCGGCGCCGGCCGCGCCAUCCACCGGCGGCGUCCCGGCCGUGCCCCCGUCCCCCGGCGGCCCGUCGGCGCUGGUCGCUCAGAACCGCCGGCUCAUGGAGGAGAACCGGCGGCUGGCCCGCGACCUGCAAGCCUCCAUCGAGGAGCACACGGCUCUGGCCGAGAAGGCGCUGCUGGCCGAGAGGGCCGCCGACCGCUUCAAGCAGCGCCUGGAGGAGCUGUACCAGCAGACCGGCGACGCCAUGCGGCUGAUGAACCAGAGUGGGGCAGUCGGAGCGGACGAGCUGAGCCAUGUGCGAGACCUCCAGAGCCGCAUCAUGGAUAUGCAGCACGAGCAGACUCACCAUGAAGAGGAGCUGCGCCGGCUAGACGCCACGCGUCACGUGGCUUCCUCGGGCGGGCCGGCAGAGGACGGCGAGUCGUCCUCAUCGGGAGGAGCCGGCGAGGAUGAGGACGAAGAAGUGGAUGAGGACGAGUUUGUGAAAAAGCACGCUCUCCGCCAGGCGGAGCUCAACAACGAACUCCUGGACCUGAACCGUGCGCUGGCGCUCAAGGAGAACCUGGCCUCCGAGAUGGCCAACAGCAACACGCAGAUGCUGGUCGUGCGCCAGCGGUACGAGCAGACGACUCGCGAGCUCGAGGAACAAGUGCUGACUCUCAGUGCGGAGAAGGAGCGGCUGGAGCAGGCGCUCCAGGGGGCCAGACAGGAGGCCGCCGGAUCCAAGGCUGCCGAACAGAAGCGCCUGCGUGUCAAGGAGCUCGAGGAGCGCAUCAAGUCGCUGAUGCACAAGAUGAAGGAGCAGGAGCGACUGCUGCGCAUGAAGCGCGCCGCUGACGAGAAGGUGGUCCAGCUCAACAAGGAGAUCCAGAAUAUCAAGCACACGCGCGUCAAGCUGAUCAGACAGAUGAAGGAGGACGGAGACAAGUUCCGCCAGUGGCGUCAGAAGAAGGACCGAGAGGUAAUGCAGCUGAAGGCGCAGGACAGGAAGCGCCAGGUGCAGCUGGUCAAACUGGAGCGGCAGCACGUCAAGCAGGAGACUGUCCUACGCCGGAAGAUGGAGAACGCCAUGGCCGCUAACCGACGGCUCAAGGAGGUCCUAGAGCAGCGUCAGUCGGCCCGCGAGCGUCGCCAGCCGACGACCGGUGGCGGCGGCAGUGGCGGCGCGGCGGCGGCCGUCACGGCGCAGGUGGAUCAGGAGCUGGAGCUGCUGGUGAGCGCCCGGCUAGCGCAGCGCUCUCUGCAGCAGCUGAUAGACGACCGGCGCCGGCUCAACGCCCAGCUGAAGGAGACGGAGAAGAAGCUCCAGCGUGACGACGUCUCGGCUGAAGAAGUGGCCCAACUCACCCGCACCAAGCGUGACAUCCAGAACGAGCUGGUGUCGCGUAACGGCCAGAUCGCCGACCUGCAGCACCGGCUGAUGAACGUCGAGUCGGACGGGCGCGCCGCGGCGCCCGCGCAGCGUUGGGCCACAGUCACGUCUAUGGCAGACGCCAAGAAGGCGCUGGAGCACCUGUUCGAGCUGGCGGCCGGCGCGCGGACAGACGCCAGCGCUCGCCAGUCGGACGGCCAGGAGCUGCAGAGUCAGCUGGACGAAGCGCUGCAGGCGGUGGAGGAGCUGGAGCGCGAGGCGGCCCGCGAGCGGCGCCAGUUCGAGGAGCGCCUCUCGCGUCUCACACUGGAGAACGAGGAGAAGGUGCUCAUGCUGCUGCGCCACAUGCCGCAGCCGCAGGGCUGCAGUACGCCCAACUCGAGCUUCAAACAGGGCAGUGGCGGCGACGACGGGGCUACGGCCGCACUCCAGGAGAGGCUCGCCAUGCAGGAACGGGAAAUCCUGCGUCUGAGCGAGCUUCACGAUAUGCUAUCGGAGAGGGACGCGGAGGUGGCCGCGCUGAGAGCCGAGGCCGAGAAGCUGAGGACUCAACUGAGCGAGGCCCAGACGGCGCCGGCCAAGCGCGCCCGCUCCGCCAAGCCGCCGCCGCGCCUCCAGCAGCGGGUGCAGCUAGAUGAGAUUCUGUCCCAGAGCGAGUCGGAAUCUGGCGACGACGAUAGCCAAGACCCGGAGUGGGUACGCACGCCACUGUUCAAGCGUAUCAGCCGAAUGACGUCGCGUGCGUCGCAGAUGGCCCGUCGCGGCCCCGACAACGACUCCAACUCCGAGUCGCCGGCUGAUUCGGACGGCGCUGGCACCGUGAAGCGCCGCUCUGAUGGUACCCCGCGCUGCAACUGCAAGGGAAUGUGCAAGCUGCGCUGCCCGUGCCGCAGCCACCGCAGCCAGUGUGACGAAAACUGCCAGUGCAAGCCGGCGCGGUGCUCGAACCGGACGACGUCGGCCGCCGGUGGAGCGGACGACACCUUCACGGUGCCGCCGCAGGAGACUGCCGGGAAGAAAGAGAGCGCCGCCGAUGUCACCUUCGUGGUGCCAGACAGGAAGACCCGCAGGCGAACGCAGAUCUUCGAGCCGCCUCCGUCUCUGGACAGCCCGGAAAUGUUCGAAGCGCCCGGGAAGAAGGUGCGCGCCAUGUCCAUCUUCCAGGAGGAAUGAGUGCCCGAGGAUAAGGAGGCACGGAGCGCCAACUGAGGACGCUUAGAGCUGCUACUAAUUACUGCCGUAUUCGGGGGAAUCGAGGUGUUGGCUCAGAGGAGUGGGCCAUUCGCCUGGACCACAAUGACAGUGUGACUGAUCUGUCUGUACGGUGGUGGCUUCUGUCGCUCGGCGGCCAGCGGCGGUGGCCGAGACUGUCGAGAGGUCUUGCUCGGAGAGUGCGCACUGCUCUGGCCCGGCAGUCUGGACGGUGGUGCUGGAUCCCUCCCAGCUCUCGUCGCUCGCAAUCAUCGACGCCGUCGACGCGUCCCUGUCGCGCUCCGUCGGCGCGAUACCCGAGUCACGUGACACGUCCGAGGAGGCCGCGGCGGGGACAGUCGUUCUCCGUUGGUCCCUCCAGGACCCUCGGACGGUCUGGUCGGCCUCAAAACUAGCCUCGAUGACGUCGCUGGAGCGUCUGCCGGACCGCACGGCCUUCUCCGACCCCGGCUGACUGCAGGGGAUGGCGUCAUCGUCGCUGUCUUCAUCCGAGAUCACCAGCGGCCGCGGACGGCGCCUCUCGCUGGCGGGCGGCGCGACCACUUCAUCCUCGUCAUCGGAUAUCACCACGGGACUGGACGGACUGCCGCGCUCGGCGGAGUCACCCGACCGCCCCGUCGGGACGGACCGGUCCCGCCGCCUCCCGCCGGGGACAGACUCGGAGUCGGAGUCGGAGUCACGCGAGAGGCCGGCCGGCGGCGGCGGCUGGCGCGGCGUGUGCCACGUCAGUAGGCGAGUCCGGUCCGGCGCCGCCCGUUCCGGAGACGGUGAGGCGGGGAUGAGUUCCACCGACGACGACAGGCUCUCCUCCAUGGCUGGUGGACGCUGGUGACGACGUUCCUACGUCCAACACUCCUGACCGCUGCUAACAGUGCAUAGAAGCGCCGAACUGAGGGAGGCAGAGGAAAUAAUGUACUUCAUCAGGCACUAUAGAAUAUUUGGGUUCGGAGGCAUAUGGGCAGCCCUUCCAGUAGACGAUCAGCCUGUCAGUUCGGAAAAGUUAAUAACAAGUACUUGUAAGUGACGAGGGCUUGAAUGAAUACAUGAUGAAAGGAGCGGUAGCUCAUGCGCGGUAGGCAUGAUGAAAAUACUGUUGUGUGUACUUGUUAAUAGCACUUGUUUUACUAUCCAGUCAUGUAAAAUAAAAUGGUCAAUUUUUCUCGCACGUUUCAUUUCAUUAUCAUUGAACCGUCGUGCACCGCAGCAGCGGCGGCGGUGAGCUGCUCCCAUGCAGCUGUGUUGCACGAUGGUUGUAGGUUGAUGACGGUUGACAGAGCGCCGGCUGGGAGACGGAGACGCAAACGCAGCGUCGGCGGGAGCGAGGCGGUGCUGUCGGCGUGCAGGGCGGUGUUUCACCGACGCUGUCAGCGCAUCUCGCGAGCUGACGUCACACACGAAGCCCAUUGCUCCAACACUACCACAAGCCGUGUGAUGUCAGCUCGCGAGAUGCGCUGGUAGCGUCGGAAAAUCUCUGCAUAUUUUCUUCUGUUUUUGCCGUAUGUUUAUCAGCUGUUCGGAGUGCGUGUCACACUGCUAGCGUUCUGUGUUCUGCGCCUGUCGGAGCGGGUCGGGUCCCGGGGCUGCCCAGUGCCCCGCUCCUCCCUUCCUCUGUCGUGUCGUUUACGCCUCCGCUGGCUGUGCCGCUGUUUCCGCGAUGGGCGGCUGGCGCGGCGGCGGCCGUGGGACCUCUGCCGGAAUGAUAGAACUAGAAGGGCGAUAAUUUAAUAAAUUUAUAUGCUUU